AUGCAGGACGCUUGGACGGCUCAGAAGGCCGAGGAAAUCCGAGGAUACACGGACCGAAACAAAUGGAAGUAUUUCUCCAUCGCGAUCAAGGCUGUCUACGGCACCGUAGCCAAAGGCACCGCUCCUCUUCUCAGUGCUGACGUAACUACCCUACUCACAGAGAAGACGCAAAUUCUGCAACGAUGGGCCGAGCACUUCGGAGGCGUCCUCAACCGUCCCUCCACCAUCUUCGACGCCGCCAUCGCCCGCCUGCCUCAAUUGGAGACCAACACAGACCUCGAACUCCCGCCUCCCUUUUCCUCGAAAUCAUCAGGACCGUACAGCAGCUCUCCAGCGGGAAAGCGCCUGGAUCAGACGCGAUUUUUGCAGAGAUUUACUAACACAGCAGUCCCCAAAUCAUGGAUCAUAUGACAACGCUCUUUUAGGGGAUGCGGCGUCAAGGAGAAGUCCCUCAGUAUUCCAAGGACACCACAAUCGUCCAUCUCUACAAGCGGAAAGGGAACCGCCAACUCUGAGACAACCACAGGGACAUCUCCUUGCUAAACAUUGCCGGGAAAAUUUUCGCUCGCAUUCUCCUCAACCGUCUCAACAGUCAUCUGGAACUUGGACUCCUGCCGAAAAUCCAAUGCGGCUUCAGCCGUCAUCGUAGGAUUACGGACAUAAGCUUCGCCGUCCCUCAACUGCAGAAGAAGUGUCAGGAGAUGCCAAUCCACCCCUGCUAUCCCUCCGUGGAUCUUAUGAGAGCCUUCGAUUCAGUGAAUCGCGAAGGGCUCUGGCAAAUGAUGCAUAAAUUUGGCCGUUCUGAGCGAUUUACUCAGACGAUGCGUCAGCUCCACGAUGGCAUGACGGCGCGCGUCACGGACAAUGGAGCUGUCUCAGAGGCAUUCGCAGUGACCAACGGAGUGAAGCAUGGCCCCGUCCUCACGCCUACCCUCUUCAGCUUCAUGUUCUCUGCCAUACUAAUGGACGCCUAUCGUGACGAACGCCCCGGGAUUCGCUUCGCCUACAGGACGAAUGACCACCCUCUCAAUCAGUGGCGGAUGCGCUUCCAGUCACAUGUGGCCCCAACGACCGUCCAUGAAACUCUCUUCGUUGGCCACUGCGCUGUCAACGUCGCCACAGAAGGGGGCAUGCAAAGAAACAUAGACCACUUCGCUGCCGCCUACGAAAAUUUUGGCUAG